UGAAGCUGAGGAGGUGAAGUGUAAAAGCGAGAGCGUUUCCUACGUCGAUGCUUCCAUGGGUGGCAAAGGAAACGGGGACGUCUGCUGUGUCGAAUGGCUUGAACAAGCACCGCAUCGAUGCUUGAGCUGCACAUGGUUAGACUGCAGGUUUUUCCUCACUGCAAAGACGGCUUGCUCUUCGUUGACGACGCUCCUCGCACAUCUGUAAACCGCUGGAAGCCCGCGUUCAGCACCUGGACAGCUCCCGGCGGUGAGCCUGGCCGCGGUGCCGGGCAUCCAUACGGAGGUCCUGCUGCUCUGGUUGUGGGGGAAGCCCUGCCAGCGCAUUAUGCCUCCAGAUUCAGCGGCAGCCUCGUCGUCUGAGCCUAGGCAUGGUGCUUCCAGCCCGGAGCAGGUGCUGUCCUCGGGAUCUGUCCUCUCAUAGGCGAUACAAGUGCGUGGCCGACGCAGAUUUGAGGCUAAUAAUCACAACCCACUCACGAGAUCACAGCGAUCAGCAGCAGCAUCGUCGGCGUGGAGGGAGAUAUUGUCAUCAUCACCACUGCAAAGGAGGGCAAAGGAGUCACGACCAUAUUGUACACAAUGUAGUGCAAGAAAACACAGGUGUGCUGGAGUCAGGUCUCUGCAGUGGUGAAAUUAUAUUUCACACUUGGGGCUACUUUGUUAGGACAACGGUUUGCAACAAGACCUUGACAUGAGCAAGAACCAGGGUCCUCCCCAUGCUGGAGCCUCAGAGCUGGAGGUCAUAUCCCAGCAGGUGGAGGAGGACAACCAGUGUGGGGCUCCAGUGCAGCUGGUCCGCUUUGCCUACAGAGACUUGCCUUUGGCGGCCUUGGACAUAUCUCUCGCUGGAUCCCAGCUCAUCUCUAACCCGGAUGAGGAAGACAACAGAGAGGGGUCAAACUGGCUAAAGCCGUGCUGUGGGCGAAGGGCAGCGCUGUGGCAGGUCUGCCUGCUCUCAGCAGGCUUCAACUGCUUCCUCGUGGCCUGUGUCGUCCUGGUGGUGGUGCUGCUCGUCCUGGAGCUGCUCAUAGAUGCCAAGUUGUUGCAAUUUAACAACGCGGUGCAGUUUGCCAGCGUCAUCCACUGGAUCAGCCUGGCCAUCCUGUCCGUGUUCUUCACCGAGACAGUGUUUAGGAUCGUGGUGUUGGGGAUAUGGGAUUACAUUGAAAACAAAGUGGAGGUGUUUGAUGGGGCGGUCAUCGUGCUCUCUCUGGCCCCCAUGGUGGCCUCCACCGUGGCCAACGGCCCCAGCAGCCCCUGGGACGCCAUCGGCCUCAUCAUCACACUGCGCAUCUGGAGGGUGAAGAGGAUCAUUGACGCCUAUGUGCUGCAGGUGAAGGUGGAAAUGGAGAUGGAGAUUCAGCAGUAUGAGAAGGCAAAGGCGGUGAGAGAGGAACAGCUCGAUCGUCUUACCCAGAUCUGCCAAGAGCAGGCAUUUGAAAUCAGGCAGCUGAGGGCUCACCUGGCCCAGCAGGACCUGGAUCUGGUCGCAGAGCGUGAAGCAGCCAUGCAGAUCCAUCACAUGUGGGGUAAAAAGAGCAUCAGUUUCCAGGAGGUGGACGGACUGACCCCUCGAGCUGCUGACCAGGGUCCGGCCAAAGCCAGAGAGCCUGCGCGGCCUGCAGAUCAUCAUGGUGAGGAUGACAUGAACAACUAUAUCAGCCAGUACUACAGCGAGCCAAGCAGUGAUAUGGGGAUCCCGGACCCAGCACGUGUCAUCACCACAGCAGCCAUAGACGUGCACCUCCCCAACAACCCCAAUCAGCUGCCCUCCUCGCUGGUGAGCGCAGACGCGGUGCCUUCCAGCCAGCUGCAGCGCACCGGCAGCUCAGUCAGCGACGCGUCCACAGCUGCGGGGUCUCGCACCAGCUUCAGCGCCCGACAGCACAGCAUCAGCAGCCACACGCUGGGCUCCAGCAUGGACUGCAGCUCCACUGUGCGCGAGGCUUCCACGUCCACAGACUACAGCGACCAGCGCUGCUACCCCCCGCCCUACAGCAGCCCCCUCGCCCUGGGCACUCAGCCCCGAGGAAGCCCCAGCGCUGUGGUGCAAGAGCUCCUCUCCUCUCUCUCCGAGGACUCCUGUCUCACCCAGAAGGGUCUGGACCCCGUCAACCUCAAACCGCCCAGCCCAACGGGUUCGACAAAAACCAGCCCCGAGCUGGAACGAAGAGUUAAGAUCUACAACACGAGGAACCAGGACAAUCGGAUUGGGCUCCACGGCAAGACUGUCAUCCAUCUGCAGGGUAACGAGUCUCUCCUAGAGGAGAAGUACAGGAUGAUGGGUCAGGUAGACACUUCAGCCCACCGCCUAUCAGAAGCAUAAGACUCUGCAGAACAAUUUCAGAGUGCGCUUUUCAGAUCAAGAAUAAAAGUUAAUGCAAAACUUUACUCCUGUUUUAUUGGGAGUCACUGGCACAGACUGUCCCGUCUGCCGUCAUCCUUGUACUGCUGGAACUGAGAACUUGAACUUCCAGAAGAGGCAGAAACAACAUAUGGACAACAGAUGGAGGCAGACUUAUCAGGCAACACUUAUCAGGAAUUUACACUCACAUAAACACUUUCUUACUUUUCCUUAAAAAACAAAACAAAAAAAACCCAAACCAGCAAUGAGGCACAAGCCUCUAAUUUUUAAUCAGGCCUGGUUUUUCAGAUGUUGUAGUUUGAUUUCUAGAACAUCAAAUGGAGACAAUGGUGCUGAGAGAUUUAUGGGAGCUCCUCUGAUGCACUGUUGAAGUCGUCAAAGUGAUGCAUCAUUACAUCCCCAGGAAACGGGCCAGUGUCCCCCAUCUGUUAUUGUAGUCAGUCUGUGUCCAAGUUCAUCUUCUUAGAUGGACCACUGCAGGAUACAGUGGACUUGUCUUCUCUUCUUUGGACUUUCUACAUAAUUAACAUUUUUAUCUACAGUCUGUGAUGGGAAGAAUGUGAUAUCCUUUUUAUUGUUGGAGGAAAAGAUGCAACAGCUACAGGUUAAACAAGCAGAAUUGAUUCAGAGGUUUUUGAGAAUUAAAAAAAAGAAAAACUCCUGAACAUGACAUUCAGGUAUAACAUGAUUUUUUUUCCUGAUUAUAUAUUUUCUCUUUUCUAUGUAAAUACUUAAGAUAGUUUGGUUAUCAUAUCAUGACCGAAAAUAGGAGGCAUACUGGACAGUGAAUCAAAUGUUGCAAAUUAAAAUACUGCAUGAGCAUUUAGGAUUUCCAAACUAACCCAGUUUAUUGUGGUGUCUACUGGCACUCGGUUCAUUGAAAUGAAACACUUCAAAUCAACUUGAAUUAACAAUAAAAACAAAGGCAAAUUUAAAAAAAAGAAUUAAGUAAUCCACUUAAUACACUGCUUUCCAAAAGCCUAUUGGGUACAUAUACUUCGAGUUAGCAACAAGAACUACAUUGAUUUUGCACCCAAAAAGAUGUAUUUAGUGUAGAAAUGAUGUGCACUACUGACAGUAAAAACAAAGAGAAACCUCCUGCCAAAGGUAAGUAGUUUAAUGAUGAGGCAUUUCAUAUGUAAAAACUUGCAUUUGUUUCUAAAUGCCAGCUGGAGAGGAGACAUUGAUGGCAUGAGUUUUGCACACCAACACACAGCUUCAGAAACUUAAGGCAGUGACUGUGUUUCCCGCGGUUGCUCUUGUUCUUUUUGCACAUCCCAGCGAUGAGAUGAUGGGUUGGUGGAAGUUUGUUUCCUACUUGCUCAGCGCUGCUGUCAUCUCAGGAACGGCCUU